GGGUGGCUGACGAGAGCGCGUCUGCCAGCAAGCCACUGAGGGGGCGCCGCCGCCGCCUCAUUACCCCCGCCGGCCCGGAGCCCGAGAGAAGCAGACGCAGGCCGAGUGCGCUUCCCUGCCAGCCACUCCCGGUGCGUGCGGGCGCUUCCUCCCCUCCUCCCUCCCCUCACCCUAAGUGGGCUCGGCCCCUCCUCGACAGGUUCUUCCUUUCUUUGUCUGAAAUAUCUGCAAUCCAAAAAUGGCAGCAAAUAAGCCCAAAAGCCAAAAUUCUUUGGCUCUGCACAAAGUCAUCAUGGUGGGCAGUGGGGGUGUAGGAAAAUCUGCAUUAACUCUACAGUUCAUGUACGAUGAGUUUGUGGAAGACUAUGAACCUACCAAAGCAGAUAGCUACAGAAAAAAGGUGGUCCUUGAUGGGGAAGAAGUCCAGAUAGAUAUAUUGGAUACAGCAGGACAGGAGGAUUAUGCUGCUAUUAGAGACAACUAUUUUCGAAGUGGAGAGGGUUUUCUCUGCGUAUUUUCUAUUACAGAGCUUGAAUCUUUCGCCGCUACAGCUGACUUUAGAGAGCAGAUUUUAAGGGUAAAAGAAGAUGAGAAUGUUCCUUUUUUGUUAGUUGGUAACAAAUCAGAUUUGGAAGACAAAAGACAAGUUUCUGUAGAAGAAGCAAAAAACAGAGCUGAUCAGUGGAAUGUUAACUAUGUGGAAACAUCUGCUAAAACGCGAGCUAAUGUUGACAAGGUAUUUUUUGACUUAAUGAGAGAAAUCAGGGCAAGAAAGAUGGAAGACAGCAAAGAAAAAAAUGGGAAAAAGAAAAGGAAAAGCCUAGCCAAGAGGAUCAGAGAAAGAUGUUGCAUUUUAUAAUCAAAGUUCCAAACUCUCUUCAUACCUUGACCAUACUAAUAAAAUCCAUAACUUAUAGCAUGCCAUUUGGAGGCUCCUACGACUGAAAUUACUCUUAACAAUUUGGGAAUUGUAAUGUACCACUUAAAGCAUGAAUUGGUACAGCACUGAAGUAGUUCACUGAAAAGGUGUAAUGUGGCUUCAAGAGAAGCAGAAUUCAACCCAUUUCAUAACUUGCCUCCUCUCACCACGGUUCUUCUGAAUGUAGAGGGUUUUUUCAUGGGCAGUCUUUCUUGAACUCUAAACAAAAAGCAUUACUUUCUAUGUUUCUCCUAAAGCAUUACUUUCUAUGUUUCUCCAUACACUUUUUAUAUCACCAAAUCUUCAUUUUGUCUUCUACUGCCUUGAAAACUACAGCGGUGGUCAAAACUAAGCGAAGGUAGUAUAUAAGCUUUUUUGCUGUUAUAAGAUUAUGCAAAUUAGAGAAGAGUAACUGGCUCUGUUCUCUGCUUCUAUUGGGUGUCAUUUACACAAGGAAUUAGCUUAGACAGUAUAAACUCGAGAAUAUUUGAAUAUGCCUUAAUUUAAACGUUGAAAAAGUUAAAGUAGUUAAGGGUAUAUCUUCAUUCUGAUGCAUUGAGGUGUGCAUCAUUGUGAAAUUAUAUCUGGUAGUGUGGAGUGCAGUUUUUGUGAGCAAUUUUGCUAACUAGCUGUGUGCUAGCAGUAUGUCUGAUCAGAAAAGUGUGCCAUACUCUGGGUCUUGAAUAAUCCAGAGCAUACUGUUACCUUGAUUCAAUGAAGAUUGCUUUAAGUGAAAGGGCCGACAUGUAUAUGUACAACUAAGAUUAAAUAUAAACGUGAAAAGGAUACAGCACAUUUCAGUCUGAAGUGGUCACUUCUUAAUGCAUAGAGACUUGACAUUGACCUCUGUCAAAUACUUAAUGUAUUUGGGGAGGUUAUUUUCCUAGGCUUGGAGCACAGUGUGGACUUCAGUAGCACAAAUGUGAUCUUUCUCUUAGGGAUUUUUGGAAAAUACUGAGAAGUUGUCAGUUUUUCUUGUGUUCCUCAUGUUAAGCCUUUGGGGACAUGAACUGUGCAUUACCUAAUGGGACAGCAUUCCAGCAUUUUCUGGUUUAAUAUCAAUUAACCAGCCCACCCUGCUCUGCAGUAUAGACAGACUAGACAGUGUGCUUCCAAAAUCCAUCAAUACACUACAAAUGUAUUGUCUUCUUCUGCAUUUGAAAGAAUACUAGCACAAUGUUAGUAUGUGGAAUUGAGCUAAAAACAAGCCACUAUCCUUGAGGCUUUUAAGCCUUUUGGGUAUGGGUGUAAAGGUUAGAUCAGUUCCAAAAAAUACUUUUUUAUAUACAUGUGUAAACUUAUGAAUUGUCAGUUCAAGAUGUGUCUGAGCAAAAUAGACAACAUGUGUAUUUAACAUGCUAACAAGUAGACAUUAGUAAUGUGGCUGUAGAACAUUUGAUUAUCAAAUACAUUUUGUAUGUACAUUUCUCCAGUAGAUGCUACCAUGUGCAGAAUUAGUUCUUGAUGUGCCUGACUGAGCUGGUUGGUCCUCAUCUUAUUGUAUAUUUGUUUUCAGUCUGUCUAACCAGGGAGUUUAACCACUAACAUUGUGAUGUUUGUGUAAUUGGAACCAAGGUGUUAUGAAGCCAAUGGACACAUAGAAACAAUUGUCGUAGGCUGAUGCCUUAUCAGAUUCUUUUUAUUUGCUAUUUGAGCCAUUGACUAUAAAUAAACUUUCAUUUUUUUAAA